AUGCGGUCUAACCUCUUUGCUCUGGCUUUUGCCGCUGUCGGUGUCAGUGCUGCUCCGGCUGCCGACACCACCCUCACCGCGGACCAGGCCACAACCAUCCUCAAGAGUCUUAUUGACUCUCUCCAAGCCGCUGGAGAUCUUCGAGCCUCUCUGCAGAAAGCCACUCCACAGUUUACUGAGGAAAAUGCUGCUUCUCCUUAUCAGGCGCGUUCAGAGAAAAGCGAGAACUUCAUCAGCACAUUGAACCUCUUGCCGCCCAGCAACAACGGCGACUUUGACAUCGGCCCCGCCACUGAUGCACAAGCUGCUACGAUUUGCUCUUUGGUUCCCAAGUUUGAGGCUGCUGGUACUCAUGCGAGCGAUACGCUUAUUAAUGUGCCCGGAUUCCAAGACGACAAUACUGGCCCUGCACGUACGGCGGCACUCAACUUGGGCUUUGCAUUGGAUAAUCUAGGUUGGCAGUUGAACAUGUUUCACUGGGGCUUUAUUAACUCUGGUGCGGCACUUACAUGUGACAAGGCUACCCAGGAUGCCUUUUACACUGUACCCAACUUGCUUAUGAAUGCUGGCGAUGCUAUCAUCUACUAG